CAUUGGCCUUGUGGGGUUUCCGUACUAUGUUUUGGUUUUACCCGGAAAAAAAAACGUUUGACGUCACUGAAAAAUGGCGGAGUCGGAGGAGGAGGUGCACGUCUUGGUGCAGAGAGUUGUCAAAGACAUCACCAAUGCCUUCAAGAGAAAUCCCAACAUUGAUGAGAUUGGUGUGAUCCCAUGUCCAGAGGCCCGCUACAACCGCAGUCCCAUUGUGUUGGUGGAGAACAAGCUGGGUGUUGAGAGCUGGUGUAUUAAGUUUUUGCUGCCCUAUGUCCACAACAAGCUGCUGCUCUACCGCCAGCGCAAACACUGGCUGGACAGGGGAGCUUUAGUGGAUAUCACCUGCACAUUGUUGCUGCUUAACCCGGAUUUCACCACUGCAUGGAAUGUCAGAAAGGAGCUGCUGCAGUGCGGAGUUCUUUACCCAGAAAAGGACCUCUAUCUGGGCAAGCUUGCCCUCACCAAAUUCCCCAAGAGCCCAGAGACGUGGAUACACCGACGCUGGGUGCUGCAGCAGAUCCUCCAUCAGUUCUCUGCUGUGGGCCACAGCAGGAAGCAGCCGCAGGGUGAAGCAGCACAGGCUGAUAGUGAGAGGAGCCAGCAAGUUAGUGACCAUCUGUCCAGGACUCUCCAGCAAGAGAUAAAAGUGUGCUCUGAUGCUGCCUGCCACUAUUCCAGCAACUACAAUGCCUGGUCCCACCGCAUCUGGGUCCUACAGCACAUGGCCAAGGGGAAUGUCAAGGUUUUCCAUGAUGAGCUGUCCUCUAUGCGUCUUUGGGUGUCCAUGCAUGUGUCUGACCACAGUGGGUUCCACUACCGCCAGUUCCUGCUCAAGGAGCUGAUAACUGAGCUCUACCAGACACCACCUUCCACCACCACUACCUGUUCAUCGCAGCACCAGUCCACCACAGUCCCCAGCAUCAGUCUCCACCAUCAAAGCCAUAACCAAGCUAAUAGGGAGCUGUCGGAAGCUGAGGCAGCAGGUGAGGAGGAGAGGCAGCUCAGCUUCACCACAAUCUUUCAGCUCUUCCACCAGGAAAUGGAGCUGUGCUCAGACCUGAUACAGGCCUUCCCUGGACACGAGACACUCUGGAGUCACAGGCGGCAUGUCUUUUACUUGUGGCAUCAGUGGAGGAGGGAGCACCAGAAUCACUGCAGCAGCAAUGGAGGCAACGACUUGGGUCAUCUUAUGUACCAGGACCCAGACCUGCUAAAGGACAGCACUCAAAGCUGUACAGGCCAGGAUGAGAUUGCGAACGGACAGAAACAUGCCAGUGAGCUUAUGGAGGUAGACAGAGUGUCCUUCCCUGACCAGCGUGACAAUAAGCGACUGAAGAGGGGUGUCCCGCUGCCUGACCCCCCCACCCUAUCCUCUGAGCACAGUUUUGUAGGUGAUAUCAUUGACAGGUGCUCUAACCCUGAGCAGAGACACUUUGCCCUGGCAUACAAGAAGUGGUUAGACACUGUAAUUGGUCAGCAGCCUUGAGAGAGAAAGAGAGAACAGUUAACCCCAUCUUUUCAUAACAAUGAAGUUGCCUUUAGACAAAGAGUUAGGAUCAGCUUACCCAGUGUAGUUUUAACAGUAACUAAUGAUAUUUCAGUUGCAGUGAUGACUAAAGAAAGCAGUCACUAGGCAGCGUAGUUACUGUCAAAUCCUCCUGACAGUGAGUAGAGAAGAUUGGGGUGGGAUGUCUUCCCUCAGCAACAUCUGUAUUCUCUUGAGCUUCUUCUGAGCCAUUAGUUCUUCAGAAUGGAAAUUUGCACACAUAAACCUAUUGGUUCACCAUGUGUCUGUUAGUACAUUCUGAUGUUAUUUUAGGUUUCUUAAUCCCUUAGACAAAUUUCCAUUGUUCAUUUAUUGUGGUCUUGGCAUUCAUCCACAUGGUACUUCAUUUCUGUUCAAAUUUUUCUGCCAAUACCCUCUAUGAAGCUGCCACAGGAGAAGGAACAAUGUCUUUGCAGAGGUGAGAGCUUUGCAGAAUUUACACUUAAUCUUAAUCAUUACAAAUUAUCUUUGUUAGACCCAAUUGUAAGGAAUGCCAAAUUAGCCAAUAAUAUUGAUAAGGAUACAGAAAUAAUAUAUAUUAUAUAUUUGACCCAAUAAAUUGUGCCAUAAUUUAAUAAAUUUAAACUCAAUUAUUUUGAAUGGCAUCUGUUUUAUGGAAUUCAUUCUGAUCUCUUAAAAGACUUUUCAAAAGUCUAUUUUUGCAAGUGAUAAGCUGAAAGCUGAGUGGGUAGCGAGCAGUGGUUACAUAAAGUGUGAAAAAUGGCAUCCUUGAAAAAUCCUUAAAUUAUAUUUUUAAUGUAGAGUUUUAAUAAUUUACACUCAAAUUUAUUCCCAUUUGUACUUUUCAAAGUCUAUUUUGAAUAAUACUUCAAAAUAGAGGGGGGGGGGGUGAAAUGUUUGAGUCCACAAAACACUUCUGGAGUUUCAGAGGUAAACUUUGUUGCAGCAGAAUCCAAUACAGUUGAAGUCAAUGGUGACCUACACUCGUAAUAAAAUAAUUAGACUCAGAACAAGGUCAUUUACACCGUGUUUUAAGCCUAAAUGUCUGCUAAUAUCUUCCUACGAGGUGCAUUAACGGACCCUCGGACAAACCAUCGUGUGGCUAUGGCUGCUAGCUUAGCCACUUCCUGUGGACUUGUAGGCUUAAAACACGGUGUAAAUGACACCGUUUCUAGUUGAAUAUGAAUGCCGGGGCUUGCAGGCACUUGGAUGACACCACACGAGCAGCAUGGAGGCACGUUAUGUUUUUUCUGUUUUAUUACGUCUGAAGAAGGACUCAGCAUUGACUUCAUUUGUAUUGGAUUUGGCUGCAACAAAGAUUACCCCUGAA